GCAAAUUCAUAAUAUUAUUGGCUUUCAUUACGCGCUCCUCGCUAUAAUCCACAACUUUAUUUAUCUGGUUUACAACGGUCUCAUUGAGAAAACUCGUGCAGUUACUGCACUGUAAAAUGCAAGACUUAUCCGAAUUCAAUAUAAGCUUUGUAAAAUUAGUUGAGCAACAACCUUGUCUGUACGAUAGUACCGUGGAGGAUUACUACCGUGGAUACGUCCAAGAUAAAGCUUGGGAAACAAUCGCGCAAACUAUUGGAACCAAUGUGACUGUAAAAGAAUGUAAAGCUAGAUGGAGAAACUUACGUGGACGAUUUACCAAACAUUUGAAAAGCCAUGCAUCGUCCAAUCCUGCCGAAAGCAGCAAACGUCCGUAUUACCUGGCAGAGCAUUUGUCAUAUCUAUUACCCUUCACAAAACCCAAAAAAUCGCAGGCGGAGAACGACGCUCCCUACCUUGAGGACAGCAUAUCUCGGUUCCUGGAAAUAGAUUCAUCCAUUUCCGAUCAGAUCAUAGAGGGUGAGGAGCUUGAGCCAAAUGAAGAAAUCGAAUUCAAGUAUCAGUUCAGAGAACCCAGCGAAACAGAUAAAAGCGAAAGAUUUGACCAUGGCUCAGGAAGUUCAAAUAAACGUGAUGCACCUGUACACUCCGAUUCGCACCUAAUGCACGAAAAGUAUAGGCGAUUAGAUGGCAGCGGAGAUUUUCCUUGUGAAGUAAAAAGAUCACAUCAAACACAGAACACGAUAGAUUACAGCGAUAGUGAUGUGUUGUUUCUGAUGAGUCUGCUGCCAGAUUUGAAACGCAUGAAUGACUAUCAGAAAAGGAAGUAUAAAAUCGGAAUACUUCGAAUGGGGGGUGAAAUCCUGAACGAGCAUCCUGCAGCCCCAUCGGCCAGUUCUUGUCAGAGGACAACUAGGCGUAACUCAUCGUCAUCAUACAUGUCGCCUGACUCCGGCGUAUCAAGAACGCACCAAGGGCAUGUUAGACCGUCAGGCAAUGGAGAAUCAAAUGAAAAUUCCACGUCCAAUUGAGUAGAGGAUAAUCAGACAUCAUAUUUAAAUCACUAAUCAUGGUAAGCUCCAACUGGUAUUAUCCUCGGAUUAAAUCCCGAUCAAGAAUGUUCGGCUGCUUUGAUGUCGACAUUAGAGUUAUUCAACGCGACUAUAAGAAAAUAUUUUGCAGAUCAUACAAACAGGAACGGUAUUAAAAGUUAAUCAGAGUUGGUUGGAGCUUAUACCGCCAUAAGAACAUGUUUAUACACAAUAAAAAUUGGGGCCCUCUUGUUUAUGUUGAUACCGUACCUGGUAGCUCAAAAAUUACUUAAGUUUUGGAACUAGUUUUUGAGAUAAGUACAGUAGUACAGCUUUCGAUAUCAAAAUACCGUAGAACCCCGUUAGUUUGAAUAGCUAAAAUAGCAACUAAACGACGCUCAUUUAGAAUUAGUUUAACUGGUAACCCUACACUGGUGCCCAAUGACCUGUGUAGGGGUACCAGAUCAGUGUUGGGAAAAUAUCAACAAAUUCAAAUCUCACCAAUGCCCAGGAUCACGCUUGAUUUUCGUAGACAAAAAUCAACAAGCAUACAGUUGCGGUUGAUUUUGCAAGCUGUGAUAUCGCAGCUCGGAAUAUCAAGCAAAUUAAACUCAUCAGCUGCAAAUCUCAACAAACUGUGGUGAGAUUGAGUUUAAUGAUUUUUGCUUUAAACCCGAACGCAACCGAAACUUCCAUACAAACUAACGGCUGGCAGCAGCCACUUCGUGUCUGCCAUCGGUGAAGAUUAAAAAGAGAUAGAAAACUAUACUUUCUCUUUCUAAGAAAACGAUGUGCAACAGAAUGAUUGUUGUGUCUAGUCAACUAUCCGCUUGAUUUUUGCACGUUGUGAAUAGUCUUGCAAUAUCAAAGGAGCUUGUAAAAUCAAUAUCAAGCAUGAUAUUUUGUUCCGAUAUCACGCGUGAUAUUGAGAGCGGAAAAAUAUAAUUUGAUUGAUGAUUUUGCCAACACUGUACCAGAUAAACAAAUUAUAAAUCGAUGCAAUUGUCAUUUAAGCUAUUUAAACUAACGGGGUGCUACCACCGACAAACCGACAUGAAACUUAAACAUGAUCGAGAAUCCAUAACGGCCGAUUAAAAUGUGCAGCGAUCCCAUCUGUCAAAUCCAUAGAAAUGUUUUAUCUAGCUAAAAAUAAUUUGAUCGAAAUAGAUUAGACACGGAGCAACUCAUAAAUUUUGUACGCGUGUUCGUGGCUAGGAUAAAUAUUUUCCGCGAACAGAUGUCAGCACAAACGAAGUGACAGACGACUAGCUGACGAAGAAAUCAAUUAAAAUAAUGUGGUUCGCUGUAAUAGAAUUUUCUUAGAAGCUUGUGCCAUCAUCCACCAGAUGGGAUAGUAUUUUUGUUUUAGUUUUGCACAAAGUUGAUUUUGUGUACAAUGAUUCUUUGACAGUGUGCAAAGAGUGUAUCAUUUUGUCAUUUUUUUAUGCAUUUCAGUUUUGAGUAGAGUGAAAGAGAUAGAACCAAAACAUUCUAGUACAUUUGGUGAAAAUGCUAGUUCAAUCCAGUAGUAGUGUUGCCAUGUAGUACAAUCCAGUAGUAGUGGUGUCGCCAUGUGGUACACUGAAAAAUUGCAAUAGCAGGUUAGUCACCAAAGUUUUCGAGCCGUCUGUCACUUCCUUUGUGGAUGUCAGUUUUGUGCUUUGAUCAGAAAUUACUUUGUAAUUUGUAUGAUCAUUCAUGUCGGUUUGUCGGUGGUUCUACGGUAUAGGGGAUCCCAACCAGCUUUCUUUGUGUACAGAAAUCUGGCAAAGUGGCAUCGCAGCGCACUACACAAAAUUUUCAAAUAUCCUUGUCAUUUUGAGAGCAUGCAUGUUAACAUUCAUGCGGUGAAAAGAUCUGUAAAAAUUGUAAGUUCCAACGCUGUUAACAAUCGUUUAUAGUUACAGCUACGUGCAUUCACAACAAUCUCAUUAUUUUGAAUUUCAUAAAUAGGAAUAUAGGAUCAUGUAAAGUUACACCUUAAGGUACAUUAAUUAUAAGAAAAUAUCAACUUUUUGUAACUUUUCGUGCAGCUCGGAUUGAAAGACACUCGGUUACUUAUCAAAUUAUAUUAUGUUUCUCAAAUAAAAUUAAGCAAAAUUCAUGGCGGUUAUAAACACGGCGGUUAUUAUUAGUGCACCCCACACGACAAGUUUCAUCAAUAUUUUCGUAGGGUCAUCAAUACAGGGUCGCUCCUCACUAAAAUUGUUGUAUCAGAUGGAAUAUUCCGAGUCAAAUCACAACUUUUCUGACAAAAGUUACCUAUGAAGCCUGCUGCUGUAGUCAAACAGAAAGGGGAAAUAUUGAAACCUAUACAUAUUGUUACCGGCGGGUAACAUUGUUUUUAUAAGGAACCAAUGAACACGGGAAACAGAUUAUUUGUAUUAGUGAAUCAGUCAGGUUGAAACGGUUAUUUUUAAUGCGCUGGCUGGCGAUAUAGACGAUAGGCUGAGCAAACGAACAGCUAAACUGAUGGUGUAUGCUAAACCAGUGGUGGGUGUCGAUAUCCACUGUACCUGGACGGAGUGAGAGCGGAAGUAUGAGAAAGUGAAGAGUGAUACAGCCAACGAAGAGCGAGUAGCGUGACGAUGACGAAGGAUCGGGAGUCGGGAUUUAGCCUCCGAAGAAGAUAAUCGAUCGCUGGGCCUCAAGCAAUGCUAAUUGGCCGCUGCCAUCCGGCCGCCACCUUCUCGAUCGUUUGUACCUGCCACGAUCCCGCGUGUGCCGUCAGCAACACCGGCCACCAUCACGAUGGUGGGGCCUUCAGCGAUUCUAACCGGCGACUUGCAUCCGGCCAUCCAUCCACUGCCAUCCGGCCGCCACCAUUCGGCCGCCGCCACUGUCUGACCACAAUCAUCUAGCCACCGCUAUCGGACCCCCGUAUCACCAUCAGCACCAUGUGCACGGCUACUUCCGAUGCCACCACCAUUGGCAUUAUCUAGCUCAUCGCUUGUCUCGGCUGUUUCGUCACCGCCACCUAGCGCCUCAUCCAACAGUGUACCGGAGA